AUGGCGGCAACCAGCGAAGAGCAGAUGAGUUUGCUUCUCUCUAGUUUCGAUCAGAUCUACGAGGAUUUUAAAUGCGGGAUGAAUGAGAUCAAUGCUUUCAGAUCGAAGAGCAACUUUGAAACUAGCAGAAGAGAGGCUCUUGAGAUUAGCAAUAAGACUCUCAAAGAAGAGAAUGAGAGGCUGAAGAAACUAUACACGGAAUCAUUGAACAGUUUUGUCGAUCAGCUUGAGCAUCGAACUAAGUGCCACGGCUUGAAAGAAGAAGUGAAGCGAGUGAACGAUGAAAACAGAAGCAAAGAACAUGAACAUAGAAACGCUUUGGAAUCUCUUAGGCAGAUGCAUGUAACAAAGGUUGAAGAGCUAGAGAACAAAAUCAGAAGCCUUUUGGUUGAGAAAGCAACAAACGAAAUGGUAGUGGAUAGGCUUCGGCAAGAGUUGUCAGCUAACAAAUCCCACAUUCAAGCAAUGUCAAAGAAGCUGGAUCGAGUUUAUUCUGAAGUGGAAUCCAAGUAUGUAAUCGAGAUUCGGGAUCUGAAGGACUGCCUUCAAAUGGAACAAGAAGAGAAAAAUGAUAUCAGUAACAAACUUCAGAGCCUGCAGAAGGAAUUGGUUAUCAGUAGAACAACAGUAGCCGAGAAGCAGAGAGAUACAACUUCAAAUCGACAGAUGGAGACUUUGAAGCAGAAGCUUAUGAAAAUGAGGAAAGAGAAUGAGAUCCUUAAACGGAAACUAUCUUCUUCAUAG